AUGGCUGGGGCGAUAGAUUUGUCUUUCAGCACGACGGCGUGCUUGGAAAUCUUCGAGGUGGACUACGCGUCCAGAGAGAUGGACAUGCCGGUCGUGGGUAAGGCGAUUCCGUCCACGGAGCGCUUUCAUCGAAUCGUUUGGGGGAGCGCUGGGAUUGGGAGCACCGAGACACGACUGGGGUUGAUCGCGGGUGGGUUGGUGGACGGGACAGUGAACGUGUACAACCCGGCAAAGAUCGUGGACGGAGCAACGAACGGAGCGAUCAUCACCAAGCUCGCGAAGCAUCAAGGUGCGGUUCGAGGUCUGGAUUUUAAUACUUUUUCGCCGAAUCUACUUGCUAGCGGAGCCGAGGACGGAGAGUUGUGCAUCUGGGAUUUGGAGAACCCAACAAAGCCAUCACUGUAUCCGGCGCUGAAGUCAACCACUGGUGGACCGACGGCUGGUGAGGUGUCGUUCUUGCAGUGGAACCAUAAGGUGCAACACAUUUUGGCAUCAUCAUCGCUAAAUGGAUCGACAGUCGUUUGGGAUCUGAAGCGUCAACGACCGGUGAUCUCGUUCACCGAUCCGAACUCCCGUCGACGUUGCUCAGCCAUGCAGUGGAACCCAGAGGUUGCGACGCAGCUCAUCGUCGCAAGUGACGACGAUCGCUCUUGCACUCUGCAGGUUUGGGACCUACGAAAUUCGAUCUCACCGGCGCGCGAGUUCGUGGCGCAUUCCAAGGGUGUGCUCGCCAUGGCGUGGAACUUGCAAGAUCCCGCGCUCUUGCUCACGUGCGGCAAGGACAAUCGCACACUUUGUUGGGAUACCGAGGUCGGUGAGGUCAUCUCCGAGCUUCCGGCGAGCGCGAACUGGAAUUUUGACGUACAGUGGAGCAAGACCGCUCCGGGCAUCCUGUCAACGUCGUCGUUUGACGGCAAGAUUACACUUCACAAUAUGCAGCAGGCAGGUGCAUCGCAAGCUGGAGCGCACGGCGUGAACUCGGAUUUCACCGGGCUCGCGCACGAGCAGUCGACCGGUCCAAAGGCGCCGAUGAAACGCGCACCGAACUGGUUGAAGCGUCCGUGUGGGGCGACCUUCGGUUUCGGCGGUAAGCUGCUGGCACACGGCGCGCAGUUGCAAGGUGGUCCAACGGCAUCGCCUACAACAAUCUCCAUCAUGUCCGUGAAGAGCGAGAGCACGGACGGGAUGGUAGUGAAGGAACAGAGCGUCGAGUUUGAGCAAGCGGUCAAGAAUGGCGAGGUCAACGACUUGAUCAAGUUUUGUGAGGUAAAGAGGCAAGACGCAAAGGGAGAGGACCAGGAGGCUUGGACAUUCAUGCGCAUCUUGUUCGCGGAAGACGCACGUCGGGAGAUGCUGCGGCAUCUUGAAUUCGGUGACGCCUUGGAGGCUCGGGAGAAGUCUCUCGCAGCCUUGUCAAUGAAGGACGCUCGCGAGGUCGAAGACUCUGCCCCGAUGAGUGCGCCUACGUCGCCGAGUUUACCUCCCGUGGAAGACAAUGAUGCAUUCUUUGACAACCUCGGAGACGCGCCAGUGCAACCACCCAAGCCGACGCCGGCGCCGAAAAGUAUUCCGCCACCGAAGCAGGCGACGGUGACGACGAUCCCGCCGCCAACUGCGGCAGAUUUCGAGAUUCAGCGAGCCUUGAUCGUGGGUGAUUACAAAGCUGCAGUGGCGGCGUGCGAAAAGGCUGAGCGCUACGCCGAUGCGCUCAUCCUCGCCGCGGCCGGGGGUCCAGAGCUCUGGGCGGAGGCGCAGGCUUCGCACAUCGCACGCGCGCCGCGACCGUAUAUGCAAGUUGCUGCGGCCGUUGUUGGGAAGAACUUGUCCAGUCUCGUCAAGGCGCGCCCGGUGUCGGCUUGGCGAGAAACACUCGCGAUGUUGUGUACGUACGCUCCUGGUGAUGAGUGGGGUCCGUUGGCGGAAGUUCUCGCGGAAGGUUUGAUUACGAGUGGUGAUCACAACUCCGCGAUGCUGUGCUACAUUUGCGCCGGCAACGUCGACGCGGCUAUCAAGUAUUGGUUGACCUUGCUGCCCUCCAGAAACUUUACGCCAAAAGAUUUAUACGGCGUCGUGGAGAAAGCUGUGAUGCUGACGCGUGCGGCUGGGCAAUCAGAGUCCACCCAAGGCUUCACAUCGUUGAUCACGAACUACGCCGAGAUGCUGUCGUCGCAGGGCGACUUGGAUAGCGCGUUAGAUUAUUUGGGCAUGGUUCCUGGGAGCCCGGGCGAAGACGUGAACGUCCUGCGCGACCGAAUCAUUCGUAGCAGUGUCUCCACCAAGGCGAGUACGAGCACUCAAGUGGUGUCUCCAGCCGUUUCUUCCAGUGUUCCGGCGUCGUCGUCGCCGUACCAGGCCUCGCCGACCUCGAAUGUGUCAACGUAUGGUGCCCCGCCGCCGACGUCUAUGAAGAAAUCCGCAUUGGCGACAACCGCGAACAAGUCCAAGCUUCAAGGCGACGAGGAGGCGAUUCCGGAGUUUCGAAACGCCGAUGUCUUAGUGUGUACGCCCGCGCGAUUGCUAAAACUCAUCAAGGAUGAGUGGGUGUUGCUCGGACGAUUGCGUCACGUCGUCGUGGACGAGGCGGAUGAAAUGUUAUCGAGCGGUUUCGCGAGCGACGUCGGGGAGAUCAUCAAACUCUCCUACGGCGAGAAUGGGAUCAACCGAUUCGACACCAAGGUUCAGUACAUAUUUGCCGCUGCGACGAUGCGCGAGGCCCAACCUCUUUUGGAGACGUUUCCGGGUGAGGUUGAGUGGGUGUCCACCGCGCGGUUCGGUCGCGUGCAUCCGCAGCUCGACGUGCGCGUCGACGACGUUCGAGGGGACGACGCAAAGUUCGAAUCCCUGUGCGACGCUUUGAAUCGUCACAAGGCGUAUAAAACACUAAUCUUCGCCAACUCACCCGAGGAUGCGGACGAGCUCGUGGGGAAAUUGGACGCCCGCGACGUCGUCGCGCUCGCGUUUCACGGCAGAGCGAAGGAACGGGGCGUGGUGUUGGACGAUUUCAUCGCAGGAGAUCUCAAAGUUUGCGUCUGCACCGAUCUCGCCGCUCGUGGAAUCGACUUUCCAGACUUACAUCACGUCGCGCAGUACGGCGCGGCGCCGUCGAUGGAGAUGUUUUUACACCGGUGCGGAAGAACGGCGCGCACGGGUCAACGCGGUCCGUUCCACGUCACGUGCGUCGUCGACCUGGACGCCGAAACCGUGGACGAGGACGUGAGGAGCGAGCUCGAAUCGCAUCGAUGA